AUGUCAGACAACGGUAACAAACAUGCCAUUCUUAACCUAAGCCCCGACGAGAAACGCGCCUUCUCCUUCCUCUUCAACCAAGCCGACAAGGACCAGCUCGGCGUCGUCACGGGCGAGAACGCCGUCUCCUUCUUCGAGCGCACCCACGUCUCCCCCAACGUCCUCGGCGAGAUAUGGCAGCUCGCCGACACCGAGAACCGCGGGUUCCUGUCCCAACCCGGCUUUUGUAUGGUGUUGCGGUUGAUCGGACAUUACCAGGCGGGAAGAGAACCGACGAGUGAGUUGGCGUUCAAGUCGGCUCCCGUGCCCAAGUUUGAGGGCUUGCAGAUACCUGGUGUUGGUGCUGGUGCUGGUGCUGCGAGUGGGACGGGCAGUGCUGGUGGGAGUGCGAUUCCUAGUCCUACGACGGGGAGUUUUCCUCCUAAUCCGCUGCAGCCGCAGUUGUCUGGCCAGGCCCCAAUUCGAGUGCCUCCCUUGGACCCACAGAAGGUUCAGCAGUAUUCCAGCUUGUUUGAACGAUCGGGUUCACAGAAUGGACAGCUGGACGGUGCUACGGCGAAGGCUAUAUUCGAAAGAGCUGGGCUUCCGAACGAUGUGCUUGGUCGGAUAUGGAAUUUGGCGGAUCGCGAUCAGAAGGGCGCUUUGGAUCAGACUGAGUUCAUCGUGGCCAUGCAUCUGUUGACGAGCAUGAAGACACGGGCGAUGUCUGCGCUGCCUCAGACGUUACCGCCUGGAUUCUAUGAAGCUGCGGCGAGACGAGGUGCUCCGCCUAGCAGACAAGCAAGUGGACAAGUACCUGUCCCACGACAGACUACUGGAGGUGCUGUUGGAGCCAUUCCUCGAACGCAAAGUCCUCUUGCGAGACCGGCAGGCUAUGGAACCCCACCACCUAUGUCGGCACAGACUUCGGGCACGCCUUGGUUGAUCACGGCCGCGGACAAGGCCAAGUUUGAUCAGUUCUUCAAUACAAUUGAUACUCAAGGACGGGGAGUAAUCACAGGUGAACAGGCUGUGACGUUCUUCUCCGAUUCAAGACUUUCCGAAGAGACUCUGGCCCAGAUCUGGGACCUGGCAGAUAUCAACAGCGAGGGCCAGCUUAACAAGGAUGAAUUUGCCGUGGCUAUGUAUCUCAUCCGACAGCAGCGAGCAUCGAAUGCUGCUCCCCUACCGGCUUUUUUGCCACCGCCACUUGUUCCUCCAAGCAUGCGUAAACAGCAGCCACAGCCUCAACAGUCGACAGCGCCGGCCUUCGACAAUGCCGCGAACACUUCGAACCUGCCAAAGUCGGCUGCUGAUGAUCUUUUUGGCCUGGAUCAGCCAUCCCAGUCACAGGCGCCGGCUCUACAGCCCCAAGGUACUGGAGCGUCUGCGGCGAAAGACCCCUUCAGUGGUGGAUCGCCGGCAAGUCCAAGCAGUCCAGCACGUUUCCAGCCGCAACCACAGCAAGCUGGAAGCAUGUUCAAGCCGUUCCAGCCGACUUCUGCUUUUGGUGCAAGUAUAGCGCAGCAGAACACUGGCACGUCUGUGGGAUCGAACCAACCGCGUAGUGUGCCCCAACAAGCUGCACCGACUGCUGCGGACGAUCUCCUGGGCGAUAACGAGACACACGCUGCGGAGAGCAGUAAACUUACGAACGAAACGACCGAAUUGGCGAACAUGAGCAAUCAAAUCGGCAACCUUCGCACCCAGAUGGAACAGACACAGGCUAAGAAAAGCACCAACCAGGCUGAUCUCACGGCGACCAACAACCAGAAGCGUGAUUUGGAACUUCGGUUGCAGCAGUUCAGGACUCAGUAUGAGCAAGAAGUCAAGACGGUCAAAGAGCUUGAUCAACAGCUUGUUGAGUCUCGGGAAUCGACCAAGAAACUGGGCCAAGAACUUGCAAUGCUUGAAGGCACAUACCAGGAUCUCCAAACACAGCACCAGAAUGUAUCACAGGCGUUGCAAGCGGACCAGCAGGAGAACGCGAGCCUGAAGCAACGUAUUGCGCAGAUCAACACCGAAGUCGCCAGUUUGAAGCCAGAAAUAGAGAAGCUUAAGAUGGACGCGAGACAGCAGAAGGGUCUUGUUAGUAUCAACAAGAAGCAGCUGGCGACUAACGAGGGCGAGAAGGAGAAACUUCAAUCUGAGAAGGCUGAUCUCGAGCGUGAGGCUGCGGAGCGUGAAGCACAAGCGCGUGCUGCUCCUGCUCCUGAACCUGUUGUCAGCCCGCCGGCCGCGGCGUCAACCGUCGCCAGCCCAGGAGGCACUCUUCACUCGUCGAACCCGUUCUUUAGAAAGGCCAGCAACGACGGUGCUAGAGGCUCUCCGCCACCGACUGGCACUGGAAGUGGUCCUAAACCUAGUGCAUUCGAUGCUUUGUUUGGACCUUCUGCUGCUUUUGCACCGACUGGCCAAGCUAGCAGUCGGACUGGUACACCACCCGCAACGAGUUUCAUUGGUCGUUCAGUGCCAGCAGCAGCUGCGGGCGCGGCAGUAGGUGCUGCAACUGCGGUGGGAAUGUCAGAUUCCAUCCAGAGCGUGUCGUCUGUGGGUGAACCUACACCUUCUGCGACCCCACCGCUCUCGGAGCAGGCCAAAGAGAGCCCUCAGGCCGCAGAGCCACCUCCACCGCCUGAGAGCAGGCAGUUCACUGCUUCACAUCUACCAGUUGGCAAUGUCGAUGGAAGCCGUGAAGAGGAUGCUAGCUCGACCAGAGUCCUGCCGCCUGCCAGUAGAGCUGGCCUUGAGACACCGCAAGACACGAUCUCAUCCGCUGGUGAUACAGCGACCCCACCGCAGGUGCAUGGCCAAUUUCUCGAAGAUCCUAAGCCAGAGACCGCUGCGCAGGAGGGCAUGCCUGGUGCGUUCCCUUCGGAAACAUUCCAAUCGACGAAUGCUACUCCAGUGCCGACACAUUUGGAGACCGCGCCAGCCGUUAAGGACGAUUUUGACUCUGCCUUCGCCGGUUUUGGAGAGGGCGAUAAAGCUAAGGACGCUGCAAAAGAGAAUGAGGAUCCAUUCGGAGCGUCUUCCAGCCAGGCAGCUCCUCAAGUGUCUGCGUCUGAGUUCCCUCCUAUCCAGACCUUGGAACCAGAAGAUGAUGAGUCUGACAGUGAGGAUGAGGGCAAAGGAUUCGAUGACAACUUUACGGCUGCCUCGCCGCCUAGGAAUCAGACGGCUACAUCAUCUGUCCAACCACCUACGGAGCCACCCCAGUAUACUUCGGCUCUCGCUGGAGCGUCGUCCUCCCCACCAUCGUACGAUGACAGCGAUAAAGCAGCGUACGGAGGAAGCGGAGAGCGAAUCGAGGAGAACAAAUUUGACCCGAAGUUUGGUGGUCUACUACCAGCGAGAGAAGACCCAACGAUUUCAGCACAGCCAAAGAAUGCAUUUGAUGACUUCGACGCCUUUGACGAUCUCGCAGAAGCAAAAGAAGCGGAUAAGACUGGUGACUUUGACUUUGGCGAGCACAACACCGAGUUCAACCCGACGUUUGACUCGCCUGCCGCCAGCAUGACAAACACCAUGACCUCGACUCAACAGACUCCAGUGGCAGCAUCCCGGAGCUUGAAUCAGCCUGAAAGCAACGGCUUUGCCAACUUCCAGCCUUCGCUGUCAACAAGCAACACCUUUGGCAGCACCAGCAGCGUUGCCAACAGCAGCAUCCAACAAACUCCUGAAAAUGUGCAGCAUGACUGGGACGCCAUCUUCUCAGGUCUAGACAACUCGAAGAAUGUCGACACAACCCUCACUACUGAUCCGUGGGGUCCUUCAGACGCCACCAACACCAACGGCACAAGCAGCUUGUCGGCACCGGCUGCCCCAGCACCUUCAUCGACCACUCGUCCACCGACAAUCGAGAACUUCCCACAUCCUCCGCCCCCAGCCCCUGCCUCGAAAGCGGAGCGAGGAGGUGCCAUCACCCCAGGCACAGAGCACGAUGAUCCCAUCUUGAAGCGUUUGACGGGCAUGGGGUACCCUAGGAAGGACGCUUUGGAUGCGUUGGAGAAGUAUGAUUAUGAUAUUAAUAAGGUGAGUCUUGUGUAA